UCUGCAUGCACUGUUUUCUUCACUGUGUGUGUGUGUGUGUUAUCAGAAUCAAUGUGUCUGAUUUAGCAAGCUGGCUUUUUGAGCAUGCUCAAGUCAGAAUUUUAAAUUUUUAUUUUUAUUUUUUUUUUAAAUCAAGUCUGCUGAGUCAUUUGCUCCAUGCUGCCUCCCACCAUGCCGCCGUAGCUCUGCCCCGAGCCUCCCUCCCUCCCUCCCUCCCUCCUCCCUCUCGUUGUCAGCUUGCUCAGGAAACAAGGCGAGGCAGAGUAAGCAGCAGCUGUGGCUGCCGUCUUUCCACCGACUCGGGAGAGGGGAGUUCUUCUAUCAACAAGCCAAUAACUCCGGCAGGAAUUUUUUAUUACAGUCGUUAGGCAAGGAGGCUGGGAGGUGGAGGGUGGGGGGGGAGAGCUGAUGUCAUUAGCAGGGGUGUGCGAGUGCAUCAGCAGCCAUGUCACAUGCUGCUAGGUGGGUCAGUGAUGCGGACGGAGAUGCAUGGCAGUUGCACCGGGAACAGAGGCAGCAGGUUAGCUCCCCCGUCAGCCGGAGAAAAAAGGAAGGGGGGGAGUCGGAGCUGGCUGCGGUGGGCAGCAGGAGGAUGCUCUUCCCCAACUGUGGUGGUGGUGGUGGCGGCGGCAUGCCCGGCUCCCAGGAGAUGCCGUCAUCCAGGGGCCCGCCGGGUGUCACAGACCUGGGCCUGGGCCUCCAGUCCCUCCGGCUGUCCGGCUGGGACAGACCCUGGAGCAGCCAGGAGACGGACGCACACAACUCCCCCUCCCAGGUUCACACCAGCUCACCCUCCAUGCUGGGUAUACUGAACAGCCCCUUCAGUAGCAUCCUUGGGAAGCCCCCCGGCUACCUGCCCCCCGAGUCCCUGAGCAUGACUGCUGACUUCCUGGAGAAGUUCCCCAGCAUGGCGCGCAUGGCAAACCGCCUGGACUCCAGCUCCUUCUUGGACUCUCGCUCCAGCAGUCCUGAAGACUCAGAGACCAGCGGCUUCAGCUCUGGUUCAGACCACCUCUGUGACAUGCUGUCGACUUUGCGGAUUUCCCCUCCGCUGCCUUAUCUGGCGUCUAACAUGCAGAAGGAUCUGCUGCGACUGGGCUCCCGGCUGGACCCCCAGGACUCCAGCUCUCCUCUGACCCCGCCAUCCAGCGCCAGCCCCACCUCCACCAUCUCCCGCCGCUGGCGUAGCGGCUCCCCCUGGCCCGGUGCAGAGAUGCUCGACCAGUCGGAUGACACGUUCAGUAUCGAGCGGGAGGCUCGUCUGCACAGACAAGCUGCAGCUGUGAAUGAGGCCACGUUCACCUGGAGCGGUCAGCUGCCUCCCAGAAACAACAAGGACCCUCUGUACUCCUGCAAGGUGUUUCUUGGUGGCGUUCCCUGGGACAUCACAGAAGCCGGCCUGAUCAACACCUUCAGCGGCUACGGCCCUCUGACUGUGGAGUGGCCUGGUAAGGAUGGAAAGCACCCUCGCUGUCCUCCCAAAGGUAAUGUGGCUAAAGGCUACGUUUAUCUGGUGUUUGAGAACGAGAAGUCUGUGAGGGCGUUGCUCCACGCCUGCUCCCAGGACCCGUUUCACCCCGAGGACAGCAGAGAGUACUACUUCAAGAUGUCCAGCCGCAGAAUGCGAUGCAAGGAUGUGCAGGUGAUCCCCUGGGUGAUCUCCGACAGUAACUACGUGCGCUGCCCGGCUCAGCGUCUGGACCCCAGUAAGACGGUGUUUGUUGGUGCGCUGCACGGCAUGCUGAACGCUGAGGCGCUGGCCAGCAUCAUGAACGACCUGUUCGGAGGAGUCAUGUACGCCGGCAUCGACACGGACAAGCACAAGUACCCCAUAGGUGAGAUACAUGUUGGUCAGAUGUCCUGCUUUUCAUUCUUCAAGUGUAGCCAGGUGGCAACCUCCAGUUCUGCCGCGUAAAGCCGAUGGUGUGUUAAAGCUGCAUUCUCUCU